AUGGUGCGGACUCUUCGGGCUAAGCUUUCGGAGCUGCGGGAGUGUGAGGAAACGUGCCAGCCACUUCACUGGCGGCUGCAGGGCGCUCAGCGGGCACGUGCCAUCAUGCACUCCUCGGCUGCAAAGGCGGGGUGGGCUAGCACUUUGGCAGUGUUGUUCUGGAUCGCUUCCGACGCGGGUUACCAGGACGUGUGGGAGGUCAUGGGCGUUCUCCUCGCUGAGGUGAUCGCCGCCCGCCUUCUUGGCAAGACCGACCUGCCCAUGCUCAGUUCCCUGGUGCAUCCGAUCGCCUCGUACAACGGCGGCGGCUACACCAUGAGGGACGCAUUCAUGGGGAGCUGGGUUCACUCCGUGAACAAGGACGACACCGACCCGAUCCAGAGAGCGGGCAGAUCUCUCCUCGCCCGGUGCCCCCUCGGCCCAACCGUGGCGGUGGGGUUGCUCGUCAUGGCGUUCCUGCGCACGCCGGACCUGGCGGAGUUCAUCGCCGAGCACCUCCCCCUGGGCGCCACGCCGGGGCAGUUGGUGGACGUGCUGGGGGCCUACAAGAGCAACCUGAAUGCGAAGGGGGCCAGAUUCGUCCGAGGGCGGAGGCUUCCGAGAGGCCGUAAAAUCAAGCCCAAUCUUGAUUUAAACAGCCUGACGCUGGCGGACGUGGCGGGCGCGGCCGCGACGCGCGCUUGCCAGGCGCCCGUUUUCCAGGGGGUCACGGCGGAGUGGAAGGCGACGGCGGCGGGCCUGGUGGCAGCCUCGGAGACCUGCGUGUUCAAAAAAGGGGUGCGGCUCAUGACCCCGCACGUCCUCGGCCAUUUCGUCGGCUGGGGCCUCCUGCUCGGUUCGGGUCUGGAAGGCUUCCUGAAGGGGGGCCCUAACACGGCGAAGUUUCGCCAGGGGGCCGCCGCCGACUACGACUCGGCGGCGCGGAAGCACUGGGACACACUGGCGGAGAAGGGCGCCCUCACGGGCGAGGAGCGCGAGCGCCUUGCGGCAGUUCCGGCCGAGGCGUGGCCGGGCAUGGAAUGCAAGGCGGCGUGCGUGGCCCAGAACUUCGCCCACGCCGACAAGGUGUCCAACUGGAAGGCCGAGGGCGCGCCUCGGAUGCCGGAGCCUCCGGCCACGAACCGCAAGAGGAAGCGCACGGGCGCCGAGGACUUGAAGGCCUGGUGGCCCCGCCCCCGCAAGGGGAAGCCAGCGCCUCGCGGCGAGGCCAGCCCGGCGCCCGCCCCGUCGCUGGCCGCAGCCGCGGGGGGCGCCUGA